AUGGCGAAGCCUGAAAUUCCUGUCAUCUCUUUCGAGCCAUUCUUGACCGGACAGGCAGCAGUACGUCAAGAGGUUGCUCAGCAAGUCUAUGCUGCCUUUCGUGACAUUGGGUUUCUGUACCUGAAGGACACAGGCAUCAGCCAGGCAAGAAUCAAUGAGAUCUUCACUCUCGCUAAAGACUUCUUCGACCUUCCCCUGGAUUUCAAACAACGCUAUGCGCUUCGAGACCCCACUGAGAACCAAGGCUACAGUGCUCAGGGCAAGGAUAUCGGGUUCGACCACAAGGGCAAGGCUAUGAAGAAGGAUUACAAAGAAGCAUACGAGCAUCGACGUUACAAGAACGAAUUGUGUCCGACGCCCGAAGAGCUUGCCGCAUACAACCCAGGAAUCCGCGACUUUGAGGCUGUCCUUGAUAGUUUCUACCAAGAAGCCUUCAAGCUGUCGGAAGAGGUUCUGGCGUGCCUUGCACUCGCACUGGAACUUCCUGGCGGCGAAGGAUACUUCAAGCCCAUCACUGGCGACAGUGACCCUCAGCUCCGAAUCCUGCAUUAUCCCCCGGUGCCUGCAUCUGUCAUCGCAGCUUCUGCGGCAAAAGAUGGAGCUGGCAAAGACGGAAGAAUUCGGCCUCAUUGCGACUACAGUCUCUGCACGCUGCUUUUUCAAGAUUCUAUUGGCGGUCUGGAGAUUGACCCUUUUCACACGGGCAAAUUCAUUCCAGCAACUCCAAAAGAUGGCACUAUUCUGAUCAACAUCGGGGAUCUGUUGCAUAGACUGCUCAACGGCCGCGUUAAGAGCACUAUGCACCGGGUCGUGGCUCCGGAAGCGUUCACUCCCGAGGAUGGAUCCGAGGCGAUGUUGCCAUCGCGAUACUCGAUUCCGUUCUUUGUGCAUCCGGUCCCUGAGGCUCAGAUCGAUCCGAUACUGCUGGACCCAGCCGAGGAGAAGGUCUACAAGGAGGUCAAUGCCGGUGAUUGGAGGUCAUGGCGCACGGCUCGGAACUAUAUGAUGACUGAGAAGGAGGAGUACUUCUUGGGGAAGCUGGGCAUCGCUCAUGAGCUGCACCGCAACGUUGCAGCACUCGGUGGUGUUACUGCGGGCGGAUACUAG